CAUUUAGGUUUUACCGAUUGAAGAAUCAACACACAGAUUCAGUAUCAGAUGGCUUGCACUGAUGAAUCUGGCUCCAAAUCCCCACCACCUUCAUACAGUAACAUGGAUGAGAUUCCUCUUUAUGAUGAGAUAAUCCCUCCACCGCCAACCAUCAAAACUCCUGCAACACCACCGCCUGCCUACAAUGAGCCGAACAUUCCUCAAGGGAUUCCUUUAAACACAUAUACAGAGGGACCAAACCCUUAUCCCAUCCUCAACCAGCCCAUUCAAAUAGCAGCGGUGACACAACAACAACAACAACAACAACAAGUGUUUGUGCAGUCGGUGAAUCCUGUAGCCCCGCAGGUGAUCGUGGUUCAGCCACAGCAGAGCACUACUUUAGAUGACACACCAGCAUCCAUUGUGUGCAAGUAUUGCCGUCAGAGCAUCGUCACUCAUGUGGAGUAUAAACCUGGUUUAAUUUCAUGGCUCAUGUGCAUCAUAAUAAGUUUCCUUGGGGGGAUUUGCGGAUGUUGUGUCAUCCCAUUUUUUGUCAGAGGGUUUCAGGACGUCUAUCACUCCUGUCCAUCCUGCAACAGGCACUUAGGAAUUUACACCCGUAAAUGAUGUCUCAUGCUGCCACAAAUACAAAAUAUAAAACAACAUACUUGUAUUUUACAAAAUCAUUAUAGAUGUCUAAUUAACUUUCAAGCAACACUGUACUAUAACAAUUAUGAUGCAAACAUAUCCGAUUGUAGGUCGUAAACUCGGUAUGUAAGUUCAUUUUAAUGUAUGAAUUUUCAUUAUUUUACAGUCCAGUUCAGCAUGUAUAUACUACAUAAUUCUAAUUAUAAUAACUGGGUAAUAACUACUGUAUGUAAACUUAACCUUUACACAGUAUGAGUUACAUUAUAGUACUUUUGUUAUAACUACACUGUAAGUACUUGUUGUAAAAUAAAAUGCAGCACAUUUAGUCUUAUUCUGUCGCUAAAUGUACACUGCAUUUCAAUGAAAGCAUCAGUGGUGUAAAGUAACAAAUUACAAACACUCAAAUUACUGUAAUAAUCUCAGUUUAUGUACUUUAUUUACUAAGUAGUUUGUAUUAGGUUCACUUUUUAUUAAGUAA